AUGGCUACCAACGAAAACAAAAGUCAGGCACAAGCCUCCAAAGGCAUCGACCGAUCCGCUCUCGCCUACCGAGGCCCUCCUCUCCCCAUGGUCCCUGAUGACCUGGUAGUGCCCGGUAUUCUGCAUCUGGACGAUGUUGACGAGCGAUUAUGGAUUCCCCAAGCCCCCGAUGUAUGGUUUCGGCCACUACUUCUCUCCGUCUCGGGCGGGUUCUUUGUCAAUAUUCUGCGCGUACGCAAGUCUGGAAUCUUGUCACGGCACAGACACGCUGGCUGUGUACAUGCUACGGUUCUCAAGGGCCGCUGGCACUAUCUGGAGCAUGACUGGUGGGCGACUGAGGGCGGAUACGCGUUUGAGCCCCCGGGCGACAUUCACACCCUCGAGGUUCCGGAUGAUGUACCGGAAAUGAUCACUAUGUUUCAUGUUACGGGUGCUUAUAUCUAUGUUGACCAGGAUGGAAUUCCGGUCGGGGUAGAAGAUGUGUUUAGCAAACUUGAGAAGGCUAAAAAACAUUAUGAGGAGGUCGGAUUGGGUGCAGAUUAUGUGAACCGCUUUGUGCGAAGACCCCGUCUCGCCAACAUUGCCUAUGAUUCGAAGGAAGAAAAUCACCUGCUGGCUAUUUCGGUCCUUAGCAUUCUCCAGUUCACGAGCCUGAUUCAGCUUCCACGCUCACCAGAGCGUUCACUAGAACGCUUUGCUUGGAGACUCUUUCAAGCGCCCUUUUCGGACUCGCUUGGGGAAUUUAUGAUUAUGGAGCCGACUGAUGCUUUUGAUCCCUCCAUCUGUGCUUCACUGCAUAACAAAAUCGUCUCCUUCCUCACGCAGCAGGCUCUAGCACAUAACAACGUGCUUGUACAUAACUUUUUCGAUGCAUAUGGAGACGAGGCCGAAGCAAUACGUGACUGUUUGACGGAGCCAUUGAUCAAUUUCCUAGAAAACAUUGAUAUCAUGAUCAGCAACGACCCUGAAUCCUCGCCGGUAAUGAAUUUUGCGCCUCAUCUCUGCGUGCCCAACCCAAAUGAGUUCUGGGUGUUGAAUGGAGGUUUACCCAAUCUGUCUGGCGAAGAUCAUGAGAAUUGGAUAGUACUUUAUUUGGGCACGGAGCAGGAAAUCGGCAUCUACAUUGAUCUCGACACUCAUCUCUGCACCUGGCAAAGAGAGGUGAUGCCUCGGAUGCGUACUUGGUACCCGCUACAAACAGCCCUCCAACUCUGGCUCAAUAUCUACGCAUCCGGCAGAUUCCAGCCUAGCGUCGGGCUAGAAGCUAUAUCCGAUACCGCAAAUCACAGACGAUAUAUCGCUGCUGACCUUACCAGAGAUCUAAAGGCAUAUCAUAAUCUCCUAGUGGCUAUUCAAAGCCGAUCUCCGGGAAAUACUACAAGCGAUGAACUGGGCCUUGUUGGUGAAGAAACGUUGAAUAAAUUCCACAUUUCGGGGUUUUUGCGUGAUUAUUUUCUUAAUGCCCGCCGACCAAGCUUCGCGUAUAUUGCCCCAGGAUUGCAGAUCCCCUCUACUACAUGGCUCCAGGAGAUUUUGGAUGAGGAUCGGGGCAGUGAACGGUAUGAGUUUGUUCGACGAGACGGCAAGGUUCUUCGAGAUGACGAGCCACGGGAACCGGACUGGAUGCAGCAAGGAUCAUCGAAUUGGGUCGGCGAGCCGCUGCCUUUAUUCCCCGGUCCAAAGAUAGAGUCCGUCUCUGCGGUGUUUGAAAGAGAGAACGCCAAGUUCUUGGUUGAUGGGAUCAGUGGUGUGUACAGUUGGCCAGAUCUGAUAUCUGAAGACGCCGUGCAACUCAUCCUGCCAAAUCCUAUUGGUGAUAAUGGCUGGGUUCGUGAAGGGAACCCCGAUGCAGUGACAGAUACUGAAAACGUGCCAGAAAGCCUGGUGAAUAACGACUCACUAUAUCAGUAUGGAUGGUGUCCAUUUCUUCCAAGCCAUCUUCCGCACUUGUCGACGAAUUUGGACAACUGGAGACAGUUAGUUGAGAAGGGCGAGUGGUCGGUUGGUUUGGAUGGUGUGGAGGGUGGUAUUGAAGUUUUUAGAGUCGCAGAUACCGAAGAACACGCUAGGAGUUAUCGUCUGACAGCUUGUUUUGAUGGCUAA